AUGGCGAAGAACAGAAACAAGAAGAAGAAAAACGCAUCGAAUGAGAUGGCCGUGGAUGUCGCCGUCGCCGAUCAUACCACGACGGACGAAGCUCAAGCUAUGGACACGUCGGAGACGGCGGCUUCCGGUGCUUCUGUUGUCGGAGCUCUCAGGAAGACCAAGAAGGGGAGACCCAUGAAAAGAUCACAAAAUGCACGUAAGAUGAAGGCCGUAGCUAGAGCAAUAGCUAAGAGUGAGAAAAGAGUGGAAAAAAACUCGAAAUCCGAGACCAAGACCCUGAGGACUAAGUUUGCUAAACAUCUUUAUGAUUGA